AUGUCCCUUCUUACCGACACCAUUUUCACGGGAGGCAGCACGCGACUGCAUAGCAAGGACAAGAAGAAUGACUUGAAAAGCAUCAGGAAGAGCAAGAGCCAUGGCGGGCUGCUUGCGCCCCUCGUACGACUGGUGCAGAAUCCAAUUGCCGCACUGGACAAUGUUCUCAGCAGCCAAAUCAGCGUGCCUGAGACGGAGACACAUGCGCCAGAAUCAGAUAGCAGAAGGCAGAUCCUGUACCUGCGCAUGAACAACGUGGGUGCCACGUAUUGGGCCGAGACAUACGACGAAUGGCAUGCUGCCGCAACCGAGCUUGAUGCCCUGGAAGGAAACGACCCCUGGAAAGAGGACGACGACUCGCCCGAGUACGAUGUUGCUCUUGUGAAAGCCCGUCUGAAAGAGCUGGACGAUGCCCGUCUAAGCUGUGACGUCAGGAAGAUCCAAUUCCUGCUUCGCACCGCCCUCACACGCAAUCUGGGUGGAAUGGGCGGCGUAAAGCUGUAUAAACAUUCGCAUGUGGGCACUAAGAAGCUCAUCGAGCGAUACAUCGAUUCGGCACAGAAGACCCUGGCUGCUUUCAUAGACGUUUCGGCCAAGCAGGGCGACGAGUGUCCCUUGACGCCCGACCAACUGGUCGAGCAAAUGACCAUCACCCGAGCAUCAUUCGGACGAAGCGCAUUGCUGUUGUCAGGAGGCGGAACUUUUGGGAUGAACCACAUUGGCGUUGUCAAAACUCUGUGGGACCAGCGCCUGCUUCCACGAAUUAUAUCAGGCGCAUCGGCAGGGAGCAUUGUGUCUGCGGUGCUGUGCAGCAAGACCGAUGAAGAGAUGCCAGCUGUGAUGCACGAAUUUUGCCAUGGUGAUCUGGACGUGUUCGAAAAAGCCGGAGAGACCGAAAGUUAUCUACAUAAGCUCGUGCGCAUGGUCAAGCUGGGUUUCCUUUUCGACAUUCAGCAUCUGCAACGGGUCAUGAAAAAUCUACUAGGAGAUAUGACUUUCCAAGAAGCAUACAAUCGAACGCGACGCGUACUCAACAUUCCGGUUUCCAGCUCGUCGCAUUUUGAGCUUCCCCGGUUGUUGAACUUUGUGACUGCACCCAAUGUUAUAAUCGCGUCUGCAGUUUGUACCUCAUGCUCCGUUCCACUGGUUUAUGCCCAGUCCCAGCUCUGGGCGAAGAAUUUGAAGACGGGCGAGCUGCAGCACUGGAAUCCGGACACGGAUGCAACCUGGAUUGAUGGUUCGGUAGACAACGAUCUUCCGAUGACUCGGCUUGCGGAGAUGUUCAACGUCAACCACUUCAUCGUUUCUCAAGUAAAUCCGCAUGUAGUCCCCUUCCUGGUCAAGGAUGAGGAGCUGGUGGCCACCGACCAGCCCCAAUUUCCUAUGGCAACAGCUGAACCAGGAUGGCUCCUCAACAGCCUUGACAUCGCCAGAGGUGAAGCUGUGCACCGCAUGCAGAUGUUGGGCGAGAUGGGAAUCAUGCAAAGCACCAUGACCAAGCUUAGCUCUAUCCUCAGCCAACGGUAUUCUGGUGACAUCAAUAUCUAUCCACAGGUCUCUUUAGCUGACUUGCCCCUGGUGCUCACUAACCCAACGCCAGAGUACAUGGCUGGAUCGUGCGACAUGGCCGAAGCUUUCGCGGAUACAGAACCAUAUCGCAAUGGAGUUGGCGCUGGACGAUGCAGUCAAACUGCUAAGCGCCCGCGCAGUGUUGAGAAACGGAGAAAGGGAGCACGCUACAAACAUGAGCAGACCAGCAUCCGCCGGAAAUGA